UCCGGUUCCUGUCUCUUAGGGCUUCGGUUUUCACUGUGCGACCAGGACCGGUCCAACUUCUAGGAGGAGAGGACAACGAAGCUUGGAACGGCGGAAGCGGCGUCUGUCCCUACUCCCAAAAGCAGUGGGGUUCUGGGUUCAGGACUUUCAGGUAUACAGCUUGUGAAGACUCGAUCUUGAAUUCUUGUUCCGAUUGAAAUUCUGGUAGCUGGACGCGUGGGUGCGUGACGCCCAGACUUUAUGGUCCGAGAGUAAUAUUUGUGAUUCCAUAGAAGAAUAAUCAAUUUAGUCUCCUCCCAAGUUCUCAUAGGUCAUUCUAUCUGAAGUAUAAUGCCUGAAGUUCACUCAUAUUGCGAGGAAAGAAAUCAAUGAGGCUUUCUUUACAUUGCGCAAGGUUGCUUCUGGGAAAGACCUGAAAACAUAUCUUAUGAUGGUGGCAGCAGCAGCAGCUCCUCCUCCCCCUCCGCCUCCAGGGCCUCCGCCUCAGCGUCCGCCUGAUGACAAGCUCUUUUGCCCGCGGCAGGAUAGCGUGGAAGUAAGUGCUCAUUUUCCUUAGGUGAAGUUACUGAUCUAGCUCACAAAUAGUAGUUGUUUUGAACAAAUGUGAAGUUAAUUUUUCGAUUUUUAUUAUAUAUGUGGUUCUCUCACGGGUCUAAUAGUUGAAUUAUCACUGCACUAGACCAUUUGUUUUUCUUUUUGUAGUUAAUAGGACAUCAUGAAUGGUGUUAAUCAUUUGUUUAGGAGCACGAUGUUAAUUAAGAGCAUCCCGGCUUAUAAAACCAUCGUGCAGGAUAUGCCUAUUUAUGUGUAUGACAUUGCAGAAAGCGAAAGAGCUACUGUGUACAACCGAAUGCUUUUUUUCAUGAAGUCUAGGCAGCGAAAACUGGCGCCGUUCACAGUUGGUCCUUAUGAAGUACCUGUUACUCCAAUCGAAAAUCCCUAGACCCGGAUGAGCAGCCACUAUAUUAUCAGGCUCAUCAAUGGACAGAACCCAACCUACAACGUUGACUGCAUGAUUAGAGAUACUGACCUAUAUUUUGUGGCUUUUCGCCGUCGCCUGGUUCUGAGUCCAAAUGAGGCACUUCUUGAGGAGAAAAGAAUGCAAGGCAUGGCAUCCUCCAGCGAAAAGAAGAAAAACAAAACACCACAAGGCAGGGUACCAGGUUGGGGAACCUGGUACCGCUUCAGAGGCACGGAUAUGGAGGUGCCGGCGUUUCUUGAUGCUCAGGACAGUGGGAUUUCGUGUAUGUAUGGCCCAAAGGAACAAAUUACACCAGGGGGCUUCACGGCUGCUGAAGAUAUGUUGCUUACCAUGGCAACCUUCCAAGACAACCCGGUGCCAAGCCGUGACAUAAUGAGAGCUUGCAACAGGUUCAGUACAAUGGUCUGUGAGCCGUCAAGACUCAGAUCAAUGUACAGGGAAAUGAUGAUGAGGGUCUCGACAGGCAUGGAUCCUCACAUUCUCUCGGAUCUACUGUGGGAAAACAUUACUAACUGGAAUCAGUUGGGGAGUGAAGUGUUGUUGGGUCAUCUCAUCGGCUGCCUGGACUCAAAUUAUCAGCUGCCUGAAUGGUGUGUAACGCAUCAUAAUCUAAAGACAAUGGAUGAUCUGGUUGGACAUCAUGGGGAGAUUAUGUUGAUCAAGCAUGAUUUGGCUUUAAUGAGAGGCAUUACUGAAGACGAGAUAAAAAAGCUUGUUCAGAAAGCAUUUCAUUGUAACAACGGUCCGGCGGACCGCCAAGAUCCUGGUAUUUAGUGUCUACCAGGUCCACCAAGAGUAUGUUGAUUCAUUGGGUUCUGUGGUCUUGGUGGCAGAGAGGAUUGGGGUUUAUGGUAUUUUGGAUGACAAUGGCUAGUAACAUUGCCCAAAUCAAGAGCACGAUUUUGUGGCGAACACUCGGUUAACACACCAGGUUUCUUACCAUGGUAAAAGUCACGAGAGGGGUUCUUUCAGUGGGAAUGAGCAGAUUUUGCAGGCUUUUGGAUGGGGAAAGGGUUGCCUUUUUGGUGUACCCGCUGGUCCACCUUUGCCCCAUCUUGCAACCCAGAACUCAGUAAUGAUGGUGAUGACAGCACGAGAGAUUGACUUGCUAGGAGUGCUGCCAUUAGAACAAUCAGCAACUCCAACUGAAUUUUUCUCAGUGCCUACUGGCUUAGAUGCUUUGUCUGUCUGUUUUUCCCCCAAGAUUGCCUCACUUUAUAUUGUUUAUUGCCCUUUACAUUACAGUGGCCGCUUGAUGUGUUCGGUAUGGUUGCCAUGCGCGACAACAUUGACCAUAAUCGCAACAUUAUCUUCUACCGCACAAGGGAUAACUGCCAAACCCUCACCAAAGAGGAUCCAAAUUUAGUACUGGUAGGUCCCACCCGCGCUGUUGUGGUGUUCUCACCGCAUCCUGUGAUCAUUGAGGUUGACCUUAAAGUGAAGGGCACUACUGAAACCGAGGAUAAAGACUUAAGCUUCCUAGCUGUGCCGUACGCGUGCGGUGGUAAAUUAUAUUCACGCUUGCAUAAUUGUGCUUACACUAGCAAGUUUAGCACACUGGAGCUUACACUUGGCUGUAUUGUUUCCUCUGUGGAGGCCACAAUAUUUGUGAGAGUCAUUCGUGGGUCAUGGCCAGAUGGUUUUCACGGUCAAUUUGCUGCUUUUACCACUGGUACUGAUGGCAAGAAUACCUUUGGCAAGAAUGCUGCCAGUAUUGAUCACGAGAAAAUUGUCUUGCUUGAUUCUAGAGGUGAGAAAGUGCCUGUUACUGGUGAUGGCAAGAUCAAGCUUUCUCGGUGUGUUGUUUCUGUUGAAAUUAGGGGAGAACUGAAAGUUUCUGUCAAGGCAUGGAAAGUUGAUAAUGUCUUGAAAAAAGAGAAGGUUUUCACACCUUUGAAAGCCGGUUUAAGCGAUGAUACGCUUGACAUUGGCUUCUGUAAAAUGGAAGUCACUGUCGCCUGGUCGCUCAUUUCGGCUGAACCUGUUCUUGCUGAGUCAGUAUUGUAGCUGCUGGUUCUGAAGUGGUAUGUCGUGUUAAGUUAUGAUUCUGUUGAAGCUACUGGGGUAAGCCCAAAGUUGGCACGUGAGACAUCAGAAGGUGAUAAUAAUGUUGUGGAAGAUGAAUUGGUUUUGACAACUAGGAAAGUCAAUAGUACCUAUGGUAUGCUUGAUUCAGGCUUUUGUAAGAUCGUGCUUGAUGUGUUUAUUUUGUAAGUACCUAUGGUCACUCUCAUGUCAUCCUGCUUGAUGUUAUAAUUAUACUGUGCAGUGAUAUGUUAUUAAAGUUUCAGAAUUGAUAUGGUAGCUAUUGCUUCUGAAGUGGUAUUUUGUGAUUUAUGCUGAUAUUGGGAUGUGUUUGCUGUAUUAGCUGCCAAUGUGACAAAUAUGGUUUUCUAGUCUU